AUGCUAUGCUUCUUGAGGGGUAUGGCUUUUGUCCCCUUCCUCCUGGUGAGCUGGUCUUCCGCUGCCUUUAUCAUCUCUUACUUGGUCGCGGUGCUGUCAGGGCAUGUCAACCCCUUUCUUCCCUAUAUCAGUGAUACAGGGACAACACCGCCAGAAAGUGGUAUUUUUGGAUUCAUGAUCAACUUCUCUGCAUUUCUUGGUGCGGCUACGAUGUACACGAGAUAUAAAAUAGUGAAGAAGCAAAAUGAAAGUCACUAUUUCAGUGCACCUGUUUUUAACUUGGUGUCCUUCGUCCUUGGAUUGGUGGGAUGCAUUGGGAUGGGCAUCGUGGCUAAUUUUCAGGAAUUGGCGGUUCCAGUAGUGCAUGAUGGGGGUGCUCUACUGGCUUUUGUCUGUGGCGUGGUGUACACGCUCUUGCAGUCCAUCAUCUCCUACAAGGCGUAUCCCCAGUGGAACAGCUUGAAGACCUGCCAUGUACGCAUGACCAUCUCCGCCAUUUCCUGCACUGCCGUCAUCCCUAUGAUUGCCUGCGCAUCCCUCAUUUCGAUUACCAAACUCGAGUGGAAUCCCGAAGAAAAGGAGUACAUGUAUCAUGUAGUGAGUGCCAUCUGUGAAUGGAUA